AUUCCAAUUAUAUUCUUUUUAAUUCAUAUGUAUGGUUUUGGUUUUUUGAAUUAUUUGGAAGGAGUGAAAUGAUAAUCUGGGGAAGUGAUGUAUAAAGAGUAUUGAAAGUUCAGAAAUUAAUUCCACGUCAUAUCCGCCAAUAAAUUCAAAAGGUGUUAAUUCCUUGUAGAGUGGUAGCUAGCUAGUUGUACUUUUUGUUUUAGCCUCUCAAUUGAAGUCACAGAAGCCUAGACCUAGGAGUACUGGAGAAGGUGAGGAGAAACACAAAUUCAGGAACUCAAUUUACUUUUUCAAGAUGAAACAACAAACCAAACGUAACACAAUGAUAUAAUCUACUGUAUCACAUAUAUAUAUAAUAUUUGUUAAUUAUUAUAUUUAUUUAUUGCAUUUGAAGGUUUCCUUCUUUGUCCAUAUCUGUCCUUGAGAAGAAUUAUUAUUUCGAAAUUAAGAAUAAAAAUGUCCUGAGUACUCAGAUCGAUAUUCUAUAUAUUAAUAGAGGCACCUUUUAUUUUUCUUUUUAAUAGUGGUACUUUGAUUCAACAUUAUAUGGCUUAUAUUCGAAAUAAAAAGAAAUUUGAACAGUAGAAGAAAAUGUUGUAGGAAAUUUUAAGCAAAUAAUGUCAUCUUCAAGCUACACAAAUUCACCCUGUGCUGCUUGCAAGUUUUUAAGAAGAAAAUGCAUGCCAGAUUGCAUUUUUGCUCCAUAUUUUCCACCAGAAGAACCACAGAAGUUUGCAAACGUUCACAAGAUAUUUGGUGCAAGCAAUGUGAGCAAACUUCUGAAUGAAGUUCAACCAAAUCAAAGGGAAGAUGCUGUGAACUCUCUUGCUUAUGAAGCUGAGGCUAGAAUAAAAGAUCCAGUUUAUGGUUGUGUUGGUGCUAUUUCAGUCCUCCAAAGACAAGUUAUUAGGCUCCAAAAGGAACUUGAUGCAACAAAUGCUGAUUUGAUUCGAUAUACUUGUACUGAUAUUACAAACCAAGAUAGUAGAAGGAUCGGUGAAGAGGGAGGUUCUUCUCUUGGUCAAUCUCCUCAUGAAGGUUUUUAUUAUCCUUCAACUCCUUGGAACAAUGAUCCACUUGGAGAUGGUUAUCACACAGGAGGUGAUAAUACUAUGUGAUUCUCAAUUAUAUACCUUUUUAAUUAUUAUUACUCUUUGUAUUUUAUAAAAGACAAUUGAGUCAAUAAAAAUUGACAUAUUUGAUUUAUAUUAAAUAUAUCAAUUUUUUGUUAAUUUAAUUGUUUUUUAUAAUAAAAUACUCAUAUAUAAUUUUAUAUUAUUAUUAAAAAAAAUUGAAAUAACGAUGAAAAUUAGAGAUAGAAGAAAUAAAACCGAUCUCUAAAUUUGAUGUCUCUAA